AUGAUUGAAUGUAUCGAGAAUUACUUAAAAACCUUUAAGGAGAAGGAAAACAUGUAUGUGAAGAAAAAAGUGUCCAUCAUUGGGUCCCCCCUGUCGGCUGGACAACCCUUGGGAGGAGUGAACCUGGCUUGUGACAAUUUGAGGAUGCUCGGUUUGCACAAGGUGAUAGAGUCCUUGGGUUGGAGUUACGAAGACGUUGGAAAUGUUAGCACUGGGGGAAGUAUUAGCAGCGAUGGAAGUAUUGCAGGGAAUGAUAUCGACGGGACGAUGACAGACGAGCAGACCGAAAUGGACGGAACGCAAAGCUCGCACAACAGCAGCUCUGCACACACGGAAUACCAUCACGGAAUGGAAAAAAUGAACGGAGACAUAAAAUUAAACCACUCCUCCAAUAGCAAAGAUAAUGUCAAUUGGGAAAAUCAUAGCGACAUUAAUCAUCACAAGGGGGAAGGAUGCAUAACCAGAAAGUGCGUACAAAAUAACUACUAUAAUAAUAUAAAAAAUGUUGAAAUUAUUGGAAAAUUUAGUGAAAAAUUAUUUCGCGCAAUGAGUAAAGAAUUGAGGAAGAAAAAUUUUGUAUUAAACAUUGGAGGUGACCACAGCGUUGCAUUUCCUAGCAUUCUGAGCUCUUUGCAAUUUUACCCAAAUUUAAGAGUCGUAUGGAUAGACGCCCAUGGAGACAUUAACAUCCCGGAGACCUCUCCCUCAGGAAAUUAUCAUGGCAUGGCAUUAGCUCACACCAUAGGGCUCUUUAAAAACAGAGCGCCAUUCUUCGAGUGGUCUGAAAAUCUUACAUAUUUAAAACCAGAAAAUGUGGCUAUCAUCGGAAUACGAGAUAUUGAUAUAUAUGAGAAAAUUAUUUUAAAAAAAUGUAACAUUAAUUAUUACACAAUCUUUGAUAUUGAAAAAAAUGGCAUAUACAAUACCAUCUGUACAGCUCUUAACCUACUAGAUCCUGAGGAAAAUUGCCCCAUACACGUAUCCUUCGACAUUGAUAGUGUCGACAGUUUCUUCGCUCCAGGAACUGGAACCAUUGCAAAGGGGGGCCUAAAUUACAGAGAAAUUAAUUUAUUAAUGAAAGUCCUGGCAGACACAAGGCGCGUCGUUUCAAUGGAUUUGGUAGAAUAUAACCCAUCUCUCGACGAAAAUGAUAAAAAGGUUCACGGCGAUUCCUUGCCCAUUUCGGAGUAUGCCACAAAAACGGGCAAGCUUUGUCUGGAGCUUAUUGCCAGGGUUCUCGGCAACGACAUCGUCUAA